CUCCCCUUGGUUUCACUUUCCUUUUCCCAGCACCGGCUGCUGGACUGGCUGGUUGGGCCUUCCAGUGCCCCUGCCGGUCUGCCGGUCUGCCGAGCCCUGUUGCUUCUACCCCAGUUCAGUCCUCAGGUUCCAGGGAUUCCCGCCAGCGGCCGAGGGAGGUCUCUGCCACAGGGGGCAGGGGCUGGACCGGGGGUCUGCGCACCCUGCGGUUCAGCAUGGAGCUGCGGCCCUACCAGUGGGAGGUGAUCAUGCCCGCCCUGGAAGGGAGGAACAUCAUCAUCUGGCUGCCCACAGGCGCUGGAAAGACCCGGGCGGCCGCCUACGUGGCCAAGAGGCACCUGGAGACGGUGGACAGAGCUAAGGUGGUGGUGCUGGUCAACAGGGUGCACCUGGUGACGCAGCACGCCGAGGAAUUCGGCCUCAUGCUGGGUGGACGCUGGGCCGUGGCCACCCUGAGUGGGGACAUGGGAGUGCGGGCCGGCUUCGGCCAUGUGGCCCGGAGCCACGACCUGCUCAUCUGCACAGCUGAGCUGCUACAGACGGCGCUGAGCAGCACGGAGGAGGAAGAACACACAGAGCUUACAGCCUUCUCCCUCAUCGUGGUGGAUGAAUGUCACCACACACACAAGGACACCGUCUACAAUGCCAUUCUCAGCCGUUACCUGGAGCUCAAAAUGCACAGGCAGCAGCCCCUGCCCCAGGUGCUGGGUCUCACGGCCUCCCCGGGCACUGGCGGGCACGCCAAGCUAGAGGGCGCCAUCGAGCACAUCCUGCAGCUCUGUGCCAACCUGGACACGUGGUGUAUCAUGUCGCCUGAGACCUACCGCUCCCAGCUGCUGGAGCACCGUCCCCAGCCCUGCAAGAAGUAUCACCUGUGCCAGAGGCGCAGCCAGGACCCAUUUGGGGACUUGAUAAAGAAGCUUAUGGCUCAGAUCCACGACCGCUUGGAGAUGCCAGAUUUGAGCCAAGACUUUGGGACGCAGAUGUAUGAACAGCACGUGGUGGAGCUGUGCCAGACAGCCACGGAGGCGGGGCUCCAGCCGCGGCGAGUGCUCGCGCUUCACCUGCGCCGCUACAACGAUGCGCUGCUCAUUCACGACGCUGUGCGCGCUGUGGACGCCCUGGCCUCCCUGCGGGACUUCUAUGACUGGGAGCGCACCACCAAAACCCAGGUCCUGCACACCGAGCGCUGGCUGCUGGCCCUGUUUGAUGACCACAAGGACGAGCUGGCCCGCUUGGCGACGCACGGGCCCGAGAACCCCAAACUGGACAUGCUGGAGCAGAUCCUGCAGGCACAGCUUGGGGGCCCCGGCAGCCCCCGGGGCAUUGUCUUCACCCGCACCCGGCAGAGCGCCCACUCCCUCCUGCUCUGGCUCCAGCAGCGGCCCGGGCUGCAGGCCAUGGACAUCAGGGCCCAGACGCUGACUGGGGCAGGGAGCAGCAGCCAGAGCGUGCACAUGACGCAGAGGGACCAGCAGGAAGUGAUCCGCAAGUUCCAAGUUGGCGCCCUGAACCUGCUGGUGGCCACCAGUGUGGCUGAGGAGGGGCUGGACAUCGCGAAAUGCAACGUGGUGGUGCGCUACGGGCUCCUGACCAAUGAGAUCUCCAUGGUGCAGGCUCGUGGCCGAGCCCGGGCCAACCAGAGCGUGUACUCAUUUGUGGCCACGGAGGGCAGUCGUGAGCUGCGGCGCGAGCUGACCAAUGAGGCCCUGGAGGCCCUGAUGGAACAGGCGGUGGCCACGGUGCAGAAGAUGGACCCGGCCGAGUACCAGGCUAAGGUUGGUGCUGGGCGAGGACGCUGCCCCGGGGUCUCCCGGAGCUCUGACUGCACCCCCUCCUCGCCCCAGAUCCGGGACCUGCAAGGGGCAGCGGCGGUCAAGCGUGCAGCCCGUGCCUCACGGAGGGACAGCCAGCGGCGACAGUUUCUGGCAGAACACGUGCGGCUGCUGUGCGUUAACUGCAUGGUGGCCGUGGGCCACGGCAGCGACCUGCGGAGGGUGGCGGGCACCCACCACGUCAAUGUGAACCCCAAUUUCUCGAUCUACUACACUGUGUCCCGGGAGCACGUGGUCAUUGACAGAGUCUUCAAGGACUGGAAGCCGGGGGGCACCAUUAGCUGCCGCCACUGUGGGGAGAGCUGGGGACUGCAGAUGGUCUACAAGUCUGUGACCCUGCCGGUGCUCAAGGUCCGAAGCCUGCUUCUGGAGACCCCGCAGGGCCGAAUCCAGGCCAGGAAGUGGUCCCGAGUGCCCUUUCUGGUGGAAGACUUUGACUUCCUGCAGCACUGUGCCCAGAGCCUGCAGGACCUCACCCUGGACUGACUGCUGGCCGCUGUGGUGCCCGGCUCGGCCUGCAGGGGGCAGGGGAGCCCAAGGCUGCUGCUCUCUUCCCUGGAUGGAGUUUAGGUCCAGGCCGGCGCCUUUCUGAGCCACCAGCCUUGGGCACCGGGCACUCAGCUGGCUUGGGUCCUCACAGCAAGGCAGCUGGAGGGACACGGCUCAGCUCUGGAUGGAGUGUGUGCGCAUACUCCAUGUGUACUGGAUGGAACCGGAAACAGCCUGGAGGAUUGACUGCUGCACUAGGUCCCCAACAUCCUCCCUGCUGGAGCCACUGCUGUUUCCUGAGACUUCUCAAAAAUUAAAAAUAAAUGGGA